AAGGAUUAUUAGCUUUAGGAGACCUUCAAGUUUUAAUACUCCGAUUAGAGGAAAACUUCCACAACCACUAGAAUUUCUUAAAUCUCUCAGCAUCUGCAAUUAAGGAUCGAUCCAGUAAUCUGUGAUCGUAAGUUUCAGAUAAUUUUCUUUUUGCCCGGUAGCAAUCAUGAACUGCGAAGCCUGCCAACUCAAAGAACUGGAAGUAGAACACUUCGAGAUACGCGAGGUUUUACGCUGCAUACUGCACACGAUUGUCUUUCACCGGGCUUUAGGUCUUGUGCGGCCCAAAGAUAUUGAUUUAGAACUUUUUGAAAUUACAUAUGUACAAUGUGGUGAUGCAGAACUUGAGAAGAAGAUAGAUGAAAAGAUUGAGCAGUUUAUAAGUUGGGUUGAUAAACACCCAAACAAGAAAAGUCAGAUAUGUUUAUCAUUCUAUGAAGUGAAAAGCAAACAACCUUCUUGGUUCACUAACAAAAUUGAGCGGCUAUAUUGGGAACAGUGGUAUAUUAACUUGAAUGUAACUCAACAUCCAAAAGCACAUUCUGGCAAGUUUCAUCAUUCCAAAAUAGUAGUUGACCCAGGAGAGAGUGCAUCUGAGGAGAGAAUUGCUCGUAGAGCUGCACUCGAGGCAUCACUUCGUGAGGUUUUAUUUCAAAUUGUAAAAUUUGUGAAUGAGAAAAAGGACCAUGUUCCACCCAUAACUGAUGCUACACAUUUCCCCUAUGAAAUUACCAUCCCAAGGUAAUUUGUCUGAAGCUCAUGAUCUGACUGCUGAGUUAACAUUCUGCUGCCCAUGACUCAGUUCAUCAGAUUCUGCUUUUGGAAUGGAUAUGUUCAAGAGGAUGCUACAGACUGGCCAUCCAACUAUGCUCAGCUGAUUCUCAGAAUUUGGAACUUGAAGCAAUUCGUAAACGAGUAAGAUGGUUCCUUCUCUGGGCUCUAGUUAUAGAACAAUAUUAUAAUGGUAUUGGGGGUAAGAAGCAAGAUGGUAGGGGUACUGGUUGCACACUUUGUAAAAGACAUUACUCCUACAUAUGUGUAAUUCCAUUCUCUCUGUAAAUAUAUCUUCCUUUUGUAUAUCAAGUUAUUUUUUUUUUU